AGCAGGAGGAGGAGGAGGAGGAGGAGGAGGAGGCUCGGCGGAGCAGCAGCGCUCGGCCCCGCUCCAUGCCGCCCUGCCCGCCGCGGCGCGGGCCCCGCGGGGCGACAGCGGGCGGGGAGCGGCGCGGCGGUGCUGAAGGACAGCUCCGCUUCCCUUAGCCCGCUUCCCUCAGCCCCGCUUCCCUCAGCCCCGCUCCCUCAGCUCCGCUGCCUCCUGCUCCCCUCGGCUCCGCUCCCGGCUCCGCUCCCCCGGGUGGCCGCGGGGCCGCCGCUCGCCGCGCCUGGAUGCGCCCCCCGCCACCGCGCCCGCGGCUCCCAUGGCGGUGGCACGGAAAAUCAAAACUUUGUUGACGGUGAACAUCUUGGUCUUCGUGGGCAUCAUCCUCUUCUCCGUCUACUGCAGGAUCCAGGACCGCUCGCAGGAGCUGGUGCAGAUCGUCCGGAGCGCGGAGCGCCGGGCCAGGAGCCGCGGCGCCAAGGUGGGCAGCCUGGCCGACAGGGAGUCCAUCCUGCAGCGCCUGGACCACCUGGAGGAAGUGGUCUACAACCAGCUCAAUGGUUUGGCAAAGCCCAUGGGAUUAGUUGAAGGUCCAGGAGGCUUGGGCCAGGGGGGAAUGGCUGCUACCCUGAGAGAUGAUAGCCAUGAAUCAGAGACUAAGUAUGAAGAAUAUGGUUACAAUGCCCAGCUCAGUGACAGGAUAUCACUGGACAGGUCCAUCCCUGACUACAGACCAAAAAAGUGCAAGCAGAUGAGCUACCCAGACGAGCUGCCCCAAAUCUCCGUGGUGUUCAUUUUCGUGAACGAGGCUCUGUCUGUCAUCCUGCGCUCCGUGCACAGCGUGGUGAACCACACCCCGUCCCACCUGCUCAAGGAGAUCAUCCUGGUGGAUGACAACAGUGACAACGUGGAGCUGAAGUUCAACCUGGACCAGUAUGUGCACAAGAGGUACCCAGGGCUGGUGAAGAUCGUGAGGAACAGCAAGAGGGAGGGGCUGAUCCGAGCCCGGAUCCAGGGCUGGAAGGCAGCGACCUCUGCCGUGGUCGGGUUCUUCGAUGCCCACGUGGAGUUCAACACUGGCUGGGCGGAGCCCGCGCUGACGCGCAUCAAGGAGGAUCGCAAGCGGAUCAUCCUGCCCGCCAUCGACAACAUCAAGUACAACACCUUCGAGGUGCAGCAGUACGCCAACGCCGCCCACGGCUACAACUGGGGGCUCUGGUGCAUGUACAUCAUCCCCCCCCAGGACUGGCUGGACAAAGGGGAUGAGUCAGCCCCCAUCAGGACACCAGCCAUGAUUGGAUGCUCUUUCGUGGUGGACAGAGAGUAUUUUGGUGAGAUUGGCCUGCUUGACCCUGGCAUGGAGGUCUAUGGAGGAGAAAACAUUGAAUUAGGCAUGAGGGUGUGGCAGUGCGGGGGCAGCAUGGAGGUGCUGCCCUGCUCCCGCGUGGCGCACAUCGAGCGCACCAAGAAGCCCUACAACAACGACAUCGACUACUACGCCAAGCGCAACGCCCUGCGCGCCGCCGAGGUCUGGAUGGACGACUUCAAGUCACACGUCUACAUGGCCUGGAACAUCCCCAUGGCAAACCCCGGAGUUGACUUUGGAGACGUUUCUGAGAGGAUUGCUCUGCGACAGCGGCUGCAGUGCCGGAGCUUUAAGUGGUACUUGGAGAACGUGUACCCUGAGAUGAGGGUUUACAAUAACACAGUCACUUAUGGAGAGGUGCGGAACAGCAAAGCCAGUGGCUACUGCCUGGAUCAGGGGGCUGAAGAGGAUGACAAAGCCAUCCUGUAUCCAUGCCAUGGAAUGUCCUCCCAGCUUGUGCGCUACAGCUCGGAAGGUGUCCUGCAGCUGGGGCCCCUGGGCUCCACCGCCUUCCUGCCCGACUCCAAAUGCCUGGUGGACGAUGGCAAGGGCAGGACACCCACCCUCAAGAAGUGUGAAGACGUCCUGAGGCCAGCACAGAGGUUCUGGGAUUUCACACAGAAUGGUCCAAUCAUCAGCAGAGACACAGGCCGUUGUCUAGAAGUGGAAAUGUCAAAGGAUGCAAAUUUUGGGCUCAGAUUAGUUGUACAGAGGUGCUCGGGGCAGAAAUGGAUGAUCAGAAACUGGAUCAAGCACGGUCGGCACUGACUGUGGGGCUGAGCUGCCUCUGCUGCUGGUGUCCAUUGCUCACUGUGCCAUAGCUCGUCAGGCAUCUGUCUUAAAUUAGUUUGAACAGGUCUUGGCUCUCAAGAGUCCUCCACAGCUGGGCAUUCCAAGGAAAGAAAGAAGAAAAAGGAAAGCAGACACACACAUGCCCUGUUUGACUCUUCCUUGCUUCAGCAGAUGACGUGGGAAGCUUAACGGGAGUUUGAUUUUGGGAAUCUUGUGAAGACCAGAACACAACAGGAAAGUGGGUUCCUUAAGCUCUCCUAGAGGAAUUGACAGACAGAUCUUUCUAUGCUGAGUUCAAAGGGGACAUCCCAAUACUGCCUCACAAAGAGAGUUCUCUGAUGGGUAGCUUUUUAGCUUUAAGUUCUGGACUGGUGCACAACUCCUAUGGUGAAUAAUUAUGUGCCUUUUUUAUUGUACUUCGUAUAAAAGAGGACUGGAAAAAUCCUACCUUUUCAGCAUGUCUGGUUCGUUGUACUAAACAAGAAGACCUGUAAAUAACACUGGAAAUAUAUUAUAAUAUAUGAUACAUUUCAAGAUUGAUUAGGAGUCUCUGUUUCUGGAAAGAGACUGUUCUGCAAAUGUUUACAGGUGGUUCUCAACCUUCAGGCUGCUGGGAAGCAGCAUUUUAGAGACCUCUUCUAGUUAGACACAGGUAAAUGUUAAAUAGGUAAAAUAGCCACAUGCUCUGUGAUAUUGCCACAUUUUACAUUUGCUGGCUCUAGAGGCAUCACAAUUUAGCACUUGGAUAUUUGGCUCUUCUGAGGCAGUAAAUAUCCUGGUGGAUGGAUGGAUUUCAGGAGGCCUCAGCUGGCCCCAAAGCCCUGAGUGUGUGUGGGUCCCUGUCCUGCAGGUCACUGUUGUGUUGUUCCGGAGACUGCCUGGAACAAGGAUACUCCUGGAAAUAAAUUGACUGGCUUAGGUGCCAUCCUUGGAUCUU